CUUACCUUAGCUUAUCGAUAUCAUCUUUGAUAGAACGUAAUAUUAUUCGUGCUGACCUUCCUGAUCCUCAAUCAGAACCAGUUCUCUACGACUUAGUAUGCACCUAUCAAGUUCAUUGGUGUCGUCCAGAUAAAUGUAACAGCCCACCACUUCCAGGAGAGCAAUGUAAUAAAAAGUUCCCAGCUUCUUUAUCAGCUUAUACCUACCUUGAUCCUUCUUCAUUACGACAUUGUAACUUUCAAUAUGUUA